UAGCAGACGAGCAGCAGCGAACAGCGGUACCGCCUCCUGUAGGCGCAAUUUGCCCACAAAACGGAGGAUCAUUUUUAUUCUGCGGUUUGCAGCGUUACCGUCCGCUUUCUAUCUCCAGUUCGGCGUGUGUGAGCGCGUCCUGAGCUCCCCCAAAAUGCUCACGGUGUGAAUGUGAAGCGGCAGUGAGAAGAUUUGAAACGGACCAAGUGAAAUGCAUCCCCGGAGCGCUGAACCUGUUCCGUCCCGCCGCACACAAAGCCUGUGAAGCAGGCCGUGUUUUUCCUCACACAGACACCGCGCUGAUGAUGCUCAAACAUGUCGGGGAAUCAUUACAAAGGCCACGAAGUCAGCUGCUGCAUCAAAUACUUCAUUUUUGGAUUCAACAUCCUGUUCUGGCUGCUGGGCAUGGCCUUAGUUGGCAUUGGACUGUGGGCAUGGAGUGAGAAGGGGGUUCUCUCCAACAUUUCGUCCAUCACAGACCUGGGGGGGCUGGAUCCGGUGUGGCUCUUCAUGGUGGUUGGGGGAGUCAUGUUCAUCCUGGGCUUUGCAGGAUGCAUUGGAGCAUUGCGGGAAAACACGUUCCUACUCAAGUUUUUCUCUGUGUUUCUGGGAAUCAUCUUUUUCUUGGAGUUGACGACAGGAGUCCUGGCGUUUGUCUUUAAGGACUGGAUUAAAGACCAGCUCAACUUGUUUAUCAACAACAACAUCCGGGCAUACCGGGACGACAUCGAUCUACAGAACCUCAUCGACUUCACUCAGGAAUACUGGGAGUGCUGCGGUGCAUUUGGAGCAGACGACUGGAACCUGAACAUCUAUUUUAACUGUACUGAUGGGAAUCCCAGUCGGGAAAAGUGUGGCGUUCCCUUCUCCUGCUGCACCAAGGACCCUGCGGAGGAUGUAAUAAACACUCAGUGUGGAUACGACAUUCGAGCUAAGCCAGACUCGGAGCAGAAGGACUACAUCAACGUGAAAGGCUGCGUGCCGCAGUUUGAGAAGUGGCUGCAGGACAACCUCACCUUGGUGGCCGGGAUCUUUAUUGGAGUGGCACUCCUGCAGAUUUUUGGGAUUUGUUUGGCCCAAAACUUAGUGAGUGACAUCGAAGCCGUGCGGGCGAGCUGGGUGCCCCCCCCUCUCUCCAUGCGCCGACUCCCACCACACUCCAGCAAGAAAUCAUCGGCUUACUACUCAUGAGACACACAAACACAUGCUGUAUAUGUGUUUGUAGCCGUUUCUUUACCUAAUGCUGAAGCAGCAUUGCAAUUCUAACAGCUUGGGGUCUUUGAACGCGCCUUGUUGAACACAUUAUCAGGGGAGCAUUCAGAAGACCUCGCCGAUCACCUGCACCAUUUUGUUCACUGAACCAGCACCUUUUUUCAAGGCACUAAUAUGAAAUGCUCUGUAUAUAACACUGUGUGUGAAUUCUGUAAAAAGAGAAUUGUUCAGGAGAAUGGUUAAACAUGCACUACAUGCAGGUCAUCACAGCGCUCCAGUUUUGAUAGCUUCGUGUAGAGAGUAGGAGUUUUGAUACAUCUUUUUGAUAUUAGAUCGGUAUUUUUCACUGUGGAAAUAACGCUCUGUUGCUAAACUGUCAUGUAGGACUGUGAAAUAGUUGUGUGCAAGAAACUGAGGUUCUGCCUAUUUUAAAGUUGAGUACUUGCUUUACGUACCUUUCUACCACUUGUCUAGGACUGAGGCUCUGGUGGGCGAAGUCGUGAAAGUUAUGAAAGUUAGGAAGUGGUCCUUUUUUUUCCUUAAAAUAACACUUUGAAAUGUCCUGAAAUUCCAGGACUUCUUCAGCUCCACAAAUUCCCAUUUAACCAGUCACGAAAUCUUUCUGCUCAUCGAAUAAUAUACAAACCUAAACAGAAUUCUUGUUGUUGCACGAACAGUGAAUUUGAAUUUGUGUUCAGUGACAGUCAUGUAGAAAUAUGAAUAUCUGUGUUGUGAUGGCAGAAAUGAGCUAAAUUUUUCCCAGACACCAGCUUAUCAAGAGAAAAACGAAGUCUUUAGUAUAAUGAGUUACUAUUCAGCUCAUCAGUCCCUCCAGGAUUUCGCUGGCUUUUUUUUUCUGGGAAUUGUUGCCUCCUAAAACGCCUGAUUUCAUGGCAGCUUUAUUAAAGAAAAAAAAAUUGCGAUGCUUGUUGCAAUGUUUUUAGGCCUUUUUUGGCAACAGAAAAAGUGAAAGUGAAAAAUGCAAAAAUAUCUAAUAUUUUUAAAAAAUUUAUAAUUCCUUAACAACCGAAGACAACUCCUUCUAGUGAGAAGAAAACCGCACUGUUCUGGGUUUUUGAUUUAUACUACACUUACGUUACCACGAACCAUGCAACAGCCUCCCUCAUGGUGAUUUGUCUUGUCUGUUGUCAACACUUUUCAGCCAUUCUCCAGGUGUUCCACCACAACGUUGCACACACUGCAAACAGCUUAACCCUGCUUUAGUGCUGAACAUCAAGGAAUUGCCUUUCAUGGUCUUUAGCAGUCACUUUUGUUGGUGUAUGCGAGACCUGUGUGUUUCAUGUCUACAACCAGGAACAAAAGGAUGUCAGUUUAUGCGGGGGACUGCUAUGAUUGGUGAAACUCAUGGGAAACUGCAGUGAUUUGCCAAAUUUACAGAAAAGUUGCUCUGAUUAGACAAAAUUGUAAAGUCACACAGUAUUCACAGGGAUUGGUUGAAUUUGCGUUAAUUGUUGUGAUGACAACAUUGAAACAUCCUGGAGGGACUUACUAUUGGACUUAGGGAUAAGUUAAUGUAUGGAUAGAGUUUACAGCUUUUCAUAUUUAGGUCUGAGAAUCAAAUUAUAUUUUUGGGGUAUUGACUGAAAUCAAGUACCAAAACCUGACACUGCACGUCAUAUACUUUGUUCACAUGUAAACUGCUAAAGGGACUUCUUUUCAACCAGUUUGGAAAGGAUCAGGGUGAUCAACAUACAUGUGGGUAUUGAGAUGGACUUGAGAAAUCUGAAUUAAUCCUUUCAAUGGAAAUGUGUCAAAAACGUUUAUAUUUCUCAAAAUCAGAUAUUGAAUGGUUACAUUUUUGCAUCUGUACUGAAAGUCAAGUAUGAAAAUUAGCACCAUUACAGCCCAGUCCUAUCGCACUGUAGCCCAUGUAAAGAAGUCAUUGUAAUUCUUGAACGGCUCUUCUGACAGUCCUGACAGUUUGACAAAUGACCCCCUUCAUAGAGUGGUGCAAGAGUGAGCCCUAAAACCAAACACAAGUUGGCAUUUUAGCACUCCCGGUUCCCUCAUCUUGAAGUCACUAGGUUUUUUUUAAAUAGGUCUUUGGUUAGGUGUCUGAAUUAAGGUCUGUGGUUAACACAAGCUGAAGAGACUUUCAGGUUUUGUUCUGCGCCAUAAAAUUUGUCAGUUAAUACCCCACUGUGAUGUCAUCACACUGAACAUGGCUUUACAGCCUUGUUAUGCUGGCAAUGUUGAAGUCAUGUGACUGUAGGGGGUGCCAUAGUAGCUCAGUGGGUAGAGCAGGUAUCCUAUGUACAAAGGUGAUGUCCUUACUACAGCAGCAGUGGGUUCGAGUCCUGCCUGCAGCCCCUGCUGCAUGUCACCCCCCCCCUCCCCCC